GCGCUACUUCCUAGACGCUGUGUGUCGGGAACGGAGGGCGCGAGCGUCGGGCAUCGUUUGUUUUCGGGAUCCGUGUCUGAGGAGAUACCGGGGAGAGCCGCAAGGCGGGAGAGGUGUGCGCGGGGAUGGUCCGGUGCGCAGCUUCCCAGCACGGCCUGUGAGAGACAUGCUGCCCGGGGCCCCGGACCCCCUGGGGUGGAGGAGGCGGCCGGGCCCCGGGCUGUUGUGGCUGCUCUUGCUGUUCGUUGUGCUGGUGCUCCCUGUGGCCGGGAGGCAUGGCGGGCCGGAGACCGACACCGAGCCGGGACUCAACGUUUAUAUGAGCGAGGAGGAGGUCCGGAGACUGAUCGGUCUGGAUGCUGAGCUGUAUUAUGUGAGGAACGAUAUCAUCAAUCACUAUGCGCUCUCCUUUAACCUGCUUGUUCCCGUUGAGACCAGCAGUCUCCAUUUUAGCUGGAAAGCCAAAUCUAAGGUGGAAUACAAACUGGGAUUUCAGGUGGACAAUCCAAUGGCCAUGGAAAUGCCACAGACCAAUAUCACCCUUCGCGGUGAUGUCCCUCUUGUCUUAUCAGUGUUUAGAGUCGACCUUUUCUGCUCUGGGAAAAUGGAUGCAGAGGUCAUGUUACUCAUGCAGCUCAACGUAACCAUCACGUCUGCCAAAAACAUCACAGUUCUAAAUUUCAAGAGGAGGAAAAUGUGCUACAGAAGGAUUGAACAAGAAGUCAGGGAUCCUAGCUCUCCAGACAGAAACAACACCCGAAUUCAUUUUGAUCCUGUGAAUGUGGCCCCCACAACCUCCACCCGGGUAUUCUACAUCAGUGUCGGCGUGUGCUGUGCAGUGAUUUUCCUUGUGGCCAUCAUACUGGCAGUGCUUCACCUGCACAGCAUGAAACGAGUGGAGCUUGAUGACAGCAUGAGUGAUAGCAGCAGCUCUCAAGGUCUGUCUCAGCCAUCAACCCAAACAACCCAGUACCUGCGGGCUGACACCCCGAACAACGCCACUCCAGUGACCAGCUCCUCAGGUUAUCCAACGCUGCGGAUCGAGAAAAAUGAUCUAAAAAGUGUAACUCUUCUGGAGGCGAAGGCAAAGGUGAAGGAUAUCGCCAUCUCAAGGGAGAGAGUGACCCUCAAGGACGUUCUUCACGAAGGCACGUUUGGCAGAAUAUUCCACGGAAUCCUUGUUGAUGAGAAGGACACCAGCAAAGAAAAGUCAGUUUUUGUAAAGACUGUGAAAGAUCAAGCAUCUGAAGUUCAGAUCACAAUGAUGUUGACAGAAAGCUGCAAACUCCGUGGACUCCAUCACAGGAAUCUGCUUCCCAUUGGACACGUUUGCAUAGAGGAAGGAGAGAAGCCAAUGGUCCUGCUGCCUUUUAUGAAUUGGGGGAACCUUAAGCUGUUUCUGAGACAGUGCAAGUUGGUGGAGGCCAAUAACCCACAGGCAAUUUCCCAGCAAGAUCUCGUACACAUGGCCAUACAGAUUGCUUGUGGAAUGAGUUACUUAGCCCGACGGGAAGUUAUCCACAAAGAUCUCGCUGCUCGAAAUUGUGUAAUUGACGAGUCUCUCCAGGUGAAGAUUACAGACAAUGCAUUAUCACGUGAUCUCUUCCCCAUGGAUUACCAUUGUCUUGGAGACAAUGAGAACAGACCGGUACGCUGGAUGGCUCUUGAGAGCCUUGUGAACAAAGAAUUCUCUAGCGCUGGAGAUGUGUGGGCGUUUGGAGUGACCUUGUGGGAACUGAUGACACUUGGACAGACACCUUAUGUUGAUAUUGACCCGUUUGAAAUGGCUGCUUACCUGAAAGAUGGCUAUAGAAUAGCUCAGCCAAUCAACUGUCCUGACGAGCUGUUUGCGGUCAUGGCAUGCUGCUGGGCAUUGGACCCAGAAGAGAGACCCAAAUUUCAGCAACUGGUACAGUGCCUAACUGAAUUCCAUUCAGCACUUGGAGCCUAUGUGUGAAAGCCGAAGCCUGCUGCUUAUCAGGAUUGGCACUGCAAGGACUUCACAGACUAUCGCACCGCUUGUAUAAAGCUUCCUCCACACAGUGCCUUAGGAUGCUAUAUUAGUCUUCAUUUUUUUUUUUUUUAAUGUUUUUGUAAAAUACCUCCUAUACUGAGCAUUUUAUAGCUAUUCAAGCACGUGUUUUUUUUUUUUUUUUUUAUGGAGCAAGCAAGAUGAACACUACACGCAAGAACACGGAUAUCGUCUUGUAUUAACAGCAAAUCACUACAGUUAAACGUUAGAUUGUUUAUACAGAGGACAUUUGUUACCGGAAAGACAUUUUAUACUUUAUAAAUAUUGAACUUUGUUGCUUUUUUAAUUUUAAUUUUUUAUUUUUUUUUAUACUCCGUUUAAUUUUUUUUGUUUUUUUGUUACUCAUCCAAAAAAAAAGGCGAAACAAAAAUAUAUAAUACGGUUUAUUUUUAAUGAAUGUGUUUGAACAUCUUUAAGAUGUGUAACCUGAAAGAAGAGAUAAGUUAUAACAUUUGACAUUGACAAUGCCAUGUUGCUUACGGCUGUUCUGCUGCAGGAAUUCCCAUCUGUAUCUGUAGGUAGGGGGUUAACAGAUCUUCUGUCGGAUAUCGUAAAGCGCAUCACUUGUAGCAAUAAUUUUAAUGUUUGUUUCCUUUUUGUGCUAGAAAUUUAAUAUUUCACAGUAUUUUCAAGUUACAGGACAUUUCUAUUUUAUUUUCAUUUUUAAACAAUUUUUCUGAAAUUUACAUCUGUUGCAAGGCCUGCAGUGAAAUAGUUAUGGUACGCUCAUUCAGAUAUAAAG